AUGAACGACAGAAUAUCCGAAUUGCCAAUACCUAUACUUCACCACAUUCUCUGUUUCCUCUCCCAAAAAGAAGCUGUCAAAACUUGUCUUUUCUCCAAACAAUGGCGCCACAUAGGAACAACCCGCCCCAACCUCGAAAUUUCCGAAGAAUGGUUCGACAACACACAAGAAAAGUUCGUCUCCGUCAUCAACCGAGCCCUACAAGGAUACUGUGAUCACAACCUCUCCAUACACAAACUCCAUCUCGACUUAUCGAGGCCUGACUCACAACCGGCCGUCUCCCUUCUCGAUAAAUGGAUCCCGAUAAUAGCUGCCCUCAACAUAAAAGCGUUCAAACUCCAUUUUCUUUCAUAUACUCUGGCAUAUUACGACCUGCCCUCGGCAGUGUUCUUAGCCGAGUCCCUUGAAGAACUACACCUGAGCAAAUGCAGGCUGAGGCAGGUCGAGAGCUUGCGGUUCAAAUGUUUGCGUACACUCACCCUCAAAGAGGUCCAAUUUGAUGGUGGAACAUUCGAGAAGAUAACUUCGGGUUGCCCUUUGCUCAGGCGCCUGGUCGUUAAUAUUUGUAAGGGGUUGAGAAAUGUUAGGCUGAGCGAGGCGGCAUUCCCUGGGCUCAAGUACAUUGAAUUGCGUGAUUAUGAGGGGAUCGAAGGGCGUAGCAUCGAAAUCGAUGUCCCGAAUCUCGAGACGGUCACCAUCCAGGGCCCAUGGAUUUGGUGUCACCGCCAAAGCGAAUUCUUGUUCUCUCGUCUCACGAGUUUGAGUCUCUAUUAUGUGAUCCUAUCGAGCGAGUCGUUCGACCUGUUAUCGUUCGGCUGCCCGACACUUGCGAGCUUGGCCCUAUAUAAUUGCUCCGGUUUUGAGGAAUUCCAUCUCACAAGUGAUUCGGUCGAGUUCUUGAGCAUCUGGGCCGAAGAAAUAUUUCUUAAAGAAGUUACGAUUUGUGCCCCGAACAUUGUCAAUUUUGAUUUCACUGGCCCUAUUCCCCAGGCACUGGACACAUUCUCUCUUGCGACUACUUCCAAGGACUGGUACUCACGUGUAUGGCUCUCUUCAGGUGAGGAUGAUCUCGAUUUCAACGUCAAUUCGUGGUUCCUUGAGGUGAGACGAUUGCUCAAGGCACUAAGUGGGUCUCGGAUUUCUCUGUAUUUGAAGAUGGACGGCGGCCCUCAGGAUGUGCCCUGUAGUGCUGUUCUAGCUGACGAGCCUCCUGUGGAGGUGCAGAGAUUGAAUUUUUGUACUCGUAAAAGUCGCACGGCGUCUUGGUACUUGGAGUUUACCAGUGGCUUGUUUCGUGUUUGUCGACCGUGUCGUGUAUCAGGUGGUAGCCACGUGAGCAGUUCGGACAUGAACUACCGGCUCUCGGAGUUUCAGUUCAACGUCUUGCUUGCUAAAAAGAGCCUCGGGACCGAGCCCUACUUUUGGCAGCACGAUUUGGAGCAAGUGCACAUCAAUGGGCAGCUCGUGCAGUACACAGACUUGGAGGAAUUGCGAAACAGGACAUAUGAUUGGAUAGUGUGCCUUCAGUUGAAAUGGAGAACAGGACAUAUGACGGGACAUAGUACUGCGCUCGCUUGCUUUUCUAUUUUCUCUAUGUGGCUCUUGCUUUUAAUCGUUAUUACUUAUCAGGAGCGGAGCUCGUGA